AAUCGAUCUAAUCUUUGAACGCAAAUAGGAACGAAGUCAACGAACGGUUGAAAGAAGGAACGAAGGAGUUAGGGAACCGGCUAAACAGCUAGUCCAAUCUGCCGACUGCCGAAGUAGGAACUCGAAAGCUUGGAAGUUGGAACGAACUGCGAAGGUCGAAGCUUCGUAGGGGUUCGCCGGAAUCUCCGCCACUCGCUAGCAAGAGCCAGGUUGAAGUUUGGACUCGCAGUGACGCCCGCCUCCACCUCCAGCCUCCAAGAGUCAAGACGCAGCCUCCACAAAGCAGUGACAGAGAGACCGAGACGCUAGCAAGGGCCUGAUUCCGCCGCACCAUUGCACCAGACCGGCAGACAUGACAUGCACACCAGUCUUGUAGCUCGGAUUAGGGGAGAACUUGAGUAAUUGGUACUCCCUCCGUCCCGUUGGAAUGUUCCCACUUUCCUUUUUUGGAUGUCCCAAUAGAAAGUUCCCAUUUCCCUAAAUGGAAAGUUAUCCUACAUCAAAACAGUGUUAAACAGUGCAAAACAGUGUCAAACAGUGCCAAACAGUGCCCAAACAGUGCCCAAACAGUAAAAUUUACCCCCUGGUAAGUUUAUUUCCUUAAUAUGUGUGUAGGUCAAACCGGGAACAUUCCAACGGGACGGAGGGAGUAUUUGGUAGUCAUUAUGGGACCAAAGAAAUACCCUUCUGGUCAUGACAAGCUUCUGAAGAGAAGAAAAAUUGAAAAGUUAACAUUGUCUCAAAAAGGAGCUCUUGAUAAAUUUAUUAUUAAAGAAGCUAAGGAGGUUCAAGAGGGUAAACAAGCUGUGAAGUUGUUGAAGAACUACUUGCGGUCAACUAUGUCCCAAGAAAGACUCAAUGGAUUGGCGUUGAUAUCAAUAGAACAUGAAACACUCCAAGAGAUUGACAUUGCAAGUUUGGUAGAUGACUUUGCCUCUAAAUAUGCAAGAAGAAUGUCUCUUUUCAAAUGAAAGUAGAUUUCCCCAGUGAAUUGAAACCGCACCUCCAUUGCUGCCCGAUGCGGUUGCGCUACAGAAGGCAACCACAAUAUUGCAGCCGCUACAUGUGUUGCAAUCUAGGCCUAUCCUCGUUGUGGCCACGUUUCAUUGGGUUUCAUUAGGACGAUGGGAGUACAUUAUUGUUAUUCUUGUAGCAGUUCGUAAUUGGAGAAUAAUAAAAGUGUUAUGUAUGAAACUUUUUCUCUUCUUUUUUCUCCAAAUGAUGAGUUGGCCUAAUUAAUGUGAAUAGCUAUUCAUGGAUCGUGUG